ACGUCAACGUAAUCUCCAGAGUAGUCUACAUGAAAAAAUUAAAUCGAAAAAGUUUUGUCUUGUAAUUCGCGACAAUAAAUUUUAAGAAAAUCCUAACUUCUAAGAUUCCAAAGCGCCCGUUUCAUAGUUGUCUUAUCGUGUCAUCCAGUGUAGUGCAAAAUGAACUAAAAAUCAUACCAAGAAAAAUGAACCACCAACAGUAAUCCAAAUUUAAAAAUAAACGACAAAGAAAACCACAAAAAAAUCCCCAUUAAAAUGUGCACAUUCUAAAGACUCAUCGAAAACAGACUCACACACACAUCCAACCACAAAAUGAAUAUUAUGCAAAAGUUACGCGGCCGACCCGGCAGCGGUGAAUCGUCCACCGAAUCAUCGACGGCUGAUACCGAAUCGCCGCACACACAACUGGGUCUGAUGCAUUUGAAGAAAUUGUUUAACGAAUAUUCGCAUCCGAAGGAACCGUUCAGCGAAUCGGAAAGGGAUUUCAAAUUGUACAACAUGUUGCCACUGUUUUGUAAGGUAUUUGGCACCACCCAUGCGGCUGACAUGAGCGAAAAAUUCUGGGACAUUUUAGCAUUCGCGCAGCAAAUAUCCAAAUUGAUGGUGUCCGAGAUUCGCCGGCGCGCUUCAAAUCAAUCGACCGAAGCAGCCUCGAUAGCAAUUGUUAAAUUCUUGGAAAUCGAUAAUUGUGAAGAGUCUAGCAACGGUUGGAUGUUGUUGUCCGCAUUGAAUCUAUUAGCGGCAGGAGAUCCUUCCAUUAUUCAAGUGAUGACGACCGCUUCGGUGCCAUCGACCCUAGUCAAAUGUUUGUAUUUGUUCUUCGAUCUUCCCGAAAUACCGGAAGCCGAGGCCGACAUCAACGAUGGAUCCGAUUUUACACCACGCGAAAGGCGAAUUCUGUUGCAGAAAAUAUUCGUUCAGGUGUUGGUUCGCCUGUGCUCGCAUUCGUAUCCGGCUGAGGAGCUGGCUCGUAUGGACGAUUUAACGCUACUGUUCUCCGCCAUUACAUCGCAAUGUCCAACGAACAACGACAUUUGGAGGAAAUCUGCAGCUGAAGUGCUGACAACGCUGUCACGUCACGGACUCUCCGAUCCCGUCGUUAAUUACGUACAUUCCAAAGGAUGCAUAGCUCUCUGUAUCGACAAUAUGCAACGCGUACCAAACCUACGGCCACUGGAAAUAGUGGAAAUGUUCGUUGCCGUCUUCUGUUUCCUGAAAGAUUCGAGUGAAGUGUCGCAGGUGUUGAUCGAAGACUUUCGCAUCAACCAAGGCUACGUAUUUCUGACCGAUUUUCUGAUGAAAUUGGAACAGGAACGGCAAAAGAAUGCCGAAGCUCAAGCAACGAUCCGGAAUUUGGUGUUGAUGAUUGCAUCGUUGUGCAUGUGCGGUUAUGUCGAAUUGCGGCCUAGUCAAAAUCAAACGAAUUCACUGUUCCAAAUGCAGGGAUUCCAGAUGCCACAGGCAGCAUCGCGUGGCACUUCCGUGCGAAACAUUCAUGCGUUUCAAGUGUUGCAGACGGUGUUCCUGAAAACGACAUCCACGACAUUGUGUUGCACCAUUCUGGAUGCCAUCUCUAGCGUCUACCAUUCGGACAAUGCGAACUACUUCAUUCUUGAGUCGCAGGGUACGCUCAGUCAGUUCAUUGAGAAAAUACACACGAAAAGUCCGACGGUGCAGGAGAAGUUCUUCGAACUGUUGGAGUUCAUUGUGUUCCAGUUGAACUUUGUGCCGUGCAAAGAACUAAUUUCGUUGUCAAUUCUACUGAAGAGCAACAAUUCCACUAGCUGUAGCAUUCUCUGCAUGAAAACGCUGCAGAGCAUUCUACGGCACAACAAUGUGUUCAAGGAUGUUUAUCGCGAGGUGGGCAUUUUGGAAGUGUUCGUCACCUGUCUCGUCAAAUAUUCAUCGUUUUUGCAAAGCCAUGCCGUCGUCGAGGCUGGAUCUCAUGACGUUGAUUUGGACAAUUUAACCGAAAUAGAAAACGAUCCGAACGAACUGCUGGGCAAACAUAUGAUCGAUGCGCUGACGCUUCUCAUACAACAAUCCAAUGCAAAUUCGAAUGUUUUCAGGGAGAGCGGAGGGGCCAAAUGUGUCCAUGAAAUGGUGAAGUUUCGGCACUGUCGCAGCUAUGUCUUGUCUAUGAUUCGUGAACUGAUGUUGUCGGCUGGCGGUGAAGAUGAUAUGCUGUUCAUAUUGAGUACGAUGCAUUCGGCUCCAGCCAAUAAUGUUGAGCUGAAAAUUCAAAUUUUGAAGACACUUCUCGGAUGUUUACGCGACAGCCAUAGAACCCGAACGAUUUUCCGCAAAGUUGGUGGCUUCGUGUAUGUGACAAGUGUGUUUGUGUCACUCGACGGUAAGCUGGGAGACACCGCACCGGACAAACUCGAUCUACACAACAGUGAAAUUUUACAAUUGCUCCACAUCGUCUGCCAGACAUUGGCUACGGCGAUGCGAUUUGAACCGGCGAACGCUAAAUUCUUUCAACAGGAAAUUUGCAGCACAUCCCUGUGUGACACAUUGAGACUUUUGGGCUGUUUCUCUCUGACCACCAAACUGGAAGACAAUCAAACCGAGAUCAGCGUGUCGGAAGAGCUGCAACAGUACUACCACCGCAUAUUUACGGGAAAUGUUCUUCAACCAGAAUUCAAUCCAGACAUUCCGCUGUCGUUGACAUUCAUCUGCCUGAUAUAUCGGUUCCUGUACGACAUUGCACUGGACAACUUCGAUAAACCGAAUUUGUCGGGCGUGGUCAACAUUACAUCACCGAAUCUUCCCACCCAAACGAAUACCAAACCACAACCGAAGAACGAUCCCCGAAGUGUUGUCUCAACGUUGAACCUUACACAACCACUUCCCGAACCAUUAAUCGUUCAUCCAGGCGUUGUCAUUUGUAUGCUGCAAUUGCUUCCAUCCGUUGAGCAUAUGGACGAAUGUCAAAAGUCGUUGUCGUUGCAAAUUUACUUGGCCGAAGUUAUCAAGAGUUUGGUGCGAAGUGAACGAAAUCAACAGAUCAUGUGCGAAGCAGGUCUUGCUGGUCAUUUACUGGGUGUCGGUCGAGUAGCACUUAGCGAAGAGAAAAAUUCGUUGCACGUGGCUUUACAAUACAUUCUGGAACGACUAGCUGCCCAAGCACUCCAGCCGACCGAGUUGCGUGAAUUUCUUCGUCUGGGCUCGCCGUUGUGUUGCGAAAGUCCGAAUCUGAAACAACCAUACAAACCAGGCGGUCCGGUUCCAUUGACUCGCAUCAAAACGCUGGUAUCGAUGACCACGCCACGAGACUUCCGAGCGCAUGGUUCGUGUACGCUGCCUCCAUUCGUCGAAAUGGAUAUGUCGGCCGAAGGUUUCGGUUGCUUGUAUUUGCCCAGUGUUGCACCGCAAUCGCCUAAUGUUGGCAACUUGGACAGUGCUGUCAUCGGUGGCAUUGGCAAUCAGGAUCGACUGUUUCCGCCGCAAACCGGUCUCACCUAUUCGACGUGGUUCUGUGUGGACAAGUUCAGUGAUCCUAGAACCGAUCCGCAUUGCGUGAGAUUGCUGACACUGAUACGCACCGUUAAUAAUCCGAGGGAAGAUAAUUUGGUUUGUCUAACGGUUUUACUGUCUGCUAGGGAUAAGGCCAUCAUUGUGUCGACGCAGGAGACACUGGUACCACACAACGUAGGUGAAUGGGAACCUGAGGGAACCGGUGACAGUAGUGCCCGAAUUUGGUGUCCAGAUCUACUACACGAAGGUCAAUGGCAUCACUUGGUUAUCGUUCUAAAUAGAGCAGUUUUGAAAAAUUCCAGCUUCUCGUUAUUUUUGGACGGUCAACAUAUGCACACCCAAAAGCUGCAUUACAUUUCCCAAAAUCCGGGCGCCGGUUCCACAAGCCUAUCAGUAGCUAAUUCAGUGUACAGUUUCAUUGGAACGCCGCCCGCAUGGAGACGAUAUUCACGGUUGUGUUGGAAGCAAGGUGUUUGCCAUUUGAUCGAAGACAUAAUCAGUCCACAAAUGGUGUCGACAAUAUUCGCUUUGGGUCCCCAUUACAUGGGUUCGUUACAAGCGCCCCAAUUCAGCAAGCAAUCUGAACCGGUUACUCCGUUGGUGUCGGAGGAACGAGUUGUGUUCGGCCUGAAUGCGAAGGCAAUGUCCCAAUUGACACUGGCGAAAAUACGAAAAGUCUACAGUAAAGCCGACAACAAGUCGAUUGCAAAGCAGUUGGGGAUGAGCUCGCACGAGAAUGCCACACCGAUUCGGAUUCUUCAUAAUUCAGCCGGUCAUUUGGCUGGACCGUCACGAACGUUAGGUGGAGUUGUUGUUGGAUAUUUGGGCGUACGUGUAUUCUCACCACAUCCGGUUUCAACCAUGAUGGAUACCGUCGGUGGAUGCAAUGUUUUACUGGGUAUAAUUGCGAUGGCUCAAGAUGUGGAAAGUUUGUACGCAGGCGUAAAGGCAUUGACGUGUGUGGUACGAAGCAAUCGGGCGGCACAAAGCGAAAUGAACAGGAAACGAAGUUACCAAACGUUGGCCAUGUUCUUCAAAAAGAAACGAAAUCUGCUCAAUUCUCACAUAUUGCAUCUGACAUUCAGUUUGGUGGGAACGGUUAACAGUGGCCAGGAAUCAUCGGCGAUUCCGAACGUUACAGCAUUUCAGGACAUGCUGUGCGACCUGGAAAUAUGGCAUGGUGCACCGAACGGUUUGCUUCGAUCGCUGCUCGAACACUUGCUAGAAUUGGCUUCCGAGUCCAGCGAAAAACGUUCCAAUAUUCGCAUAAUGCGUGAACUGCAACUGGUUGCAAAGCUGUUGCAUUUGAUCACCGAAAUUUACGAUCCGGGAACGCGAGAAAUUCUGUUUUCAUUGCUGACGAUUCUGUUGGGCGGUCAACCACGGCACAGUGAUUUGCUGCUAUUCGGUCAAUUCAUUGUCGCUAAAAUGCCUCAAUCCGCGUCGGAUAGUGAAAAGUCCAUCACACUGACGAACGUUUCAUACAAUGCGGCCGACGAUAAAGACGAUCCGGAGCAACAUCAACAGAACACGAUAAUCAGACGGAUUUUGUUGCGGAAUCGGUGUUUGACUUUGCUGCAUAGUCUUCUGUUUACCAAUCGUAACACCGUGUCAAAUAUCAUCUGUGACGACAUAUCCCGCAUCCUCGGCCUCGAUUGGGUUCUGCUGUUUAUGCAGCCGCAAGUGCACAAGUCGACCGUAAUUCUUGGACUUCGAAUUUUAGUGGUCAUGUGUGCCAGUGAAACAUUAAUCAGUCGAUUCAGAGACGCUAGUCAAAAUGGUGGCUAUCUGCGGUACACCGAGUUCAUUUCGCAACAGAACAACAAUUUGGUGCUAGGUCAGCCACAACUGAGUCCAGCAACCACAAAUACAACCGCUUCAGUCGUACAAGUUCAACCUGGCGUGCAAUUACCGGCACAAAUCGCCAGCGAAGUAAAUACAGCUGUGCUACACAUACCGGGAUUUCAAUACCUCGAGUGGCUGAUGCCAUACCAUCUUGAAAUCCCCGAGAUUUACUUUUUGCUGACAGCGUUGAUAAUGGGCCAGCCGGUGAAACUAUUAGGAACCGAUCAUACCAAACUGGAUCUGGAUCGAGUAUGGGCAUUUCUAUGGGGCGGACCAGUUUCUCAUACACCAGUCGGAUCGGUUGCACCGAAAGUUACUUUAUGCCCAGAAGCGGUUUGUGUUCUCUUGGCCAUGGUACGAACAAUUGUUCACACUGACGAAAAGCUUGACUGGUUGAUCAGUCAUCCGGUGACAAUUGUCCAGGUGUUGUUCUCCCUGUAUCACAAUCUGCCCGAUUUCAUGUCGGUCAUUAUGUCCGCUGAAGUUAUCAACUCACUGGCAGCUGUUCUAUUUCCAAUUGUCAACAAGAAUGGACCAGAUUCGGAACCGAAUAGCGGUGCAUCCACACCAGAGGACAACGCGAACAGCGGUGUCAUGGCAAUCCUAACUCGACAAGAAUCUCAACUGACGAACAAUUCGGUCAGGAAAUUCAUCAUCGAUUUCUUGCGAGUCGUUGUCGUUGACUCAUUAAGUUUAUCGUUGACGGGAAAAGCAGCACCGGUUAUCGAUCUGGUAUUGGACUCGUCACCUGAGAAUAGUGAAUUAUCGCAGCAGGUCACUUUCCAAACGGAAAUCAUUUCGGCGCUCAUGGACCAUUUAUUGGCUGCUGAUGUCUUAGUCGGAGAACAGGCUGCCUUGCCGAUCGUGCCAUUACUACAGAGUCAUGUGCAAAACAUAUCUCCGAACGUGUUCUAUUUGACAGCACGUGUGGUCGAUAAAAUGUGGCAAGGGCAAUUAAGCAAAGAUCCCCAUGAAGUUUUCGAUUUUAUCAUCAAACUCAUAGGCCAGGCAAAGAGACGUUCGUCAUCACUGUCUCUGGAACAACUGCACCACUCGCUGAACCGAAUCAUUCUAUAUUUACUUUCACGACCCACCGAAUCUGUUGCAGAACAGAUGGCCGUUCUGGAAGCAUUGCACAAGUUAACGACAAAUCGACUGUUGAUUUUUGGCGCUGGUAACCAUGAACUAGACUUCAUCGGUUGCUUAACGUAUUGCUUGCUUCAACUCACUGCUGAUCUGAAAAUUGCUCUGGACGCUAAUACUACCAAUCGUAACACAACAUGGCACGUGAAUCCAACUAGUGAGGUGAUUGAAGCCCGUGACGAUUUCUUGAAUCAGCAUCAAGGAAGAAAUUUAAUUGUCGGCGCUGCCUAUCGGGUGUGGGAAGAACUAUACGUCUGUAAGAAACCAGCGAUCGAAGAGGUGUUCAAGGUGACACUCACAGCUCCAGCUAGUAACGCUAAGGCGCCCAGUUUGACUGCAACACGAGAACAGGUUAUCGAUGUAGCAACGAAAUUGUGGCAUAAUUACGUCGAUUUAGAACGGAAGUCUAGCUAUCGCGUGCCAUGGGAAUUGCACAAUCAAAUUCAAUCAAAAAUUCAGAAAGUUACUGGCGGACUGACUAGACUGGCCAGCCGUACGAAGGUUAAGAAAGAUGAUUUCGUUAAGACAAAAUCUCAAGUGGCCAAACGGAAGGCUUUACAAUGGACAUGCAUGAAUGUGGGACUGAUCAAAGAUCUUUGGGACAUGAAAUGCAUCCAGCACAUCCAAAUGACUCAACACACAAAUCGCUAUGUGUGUCAGGAUUGGCUGCAAUCUGAAAGGGAAUUGAUACGGGAAAGAGGACUCUGGGGACCAGUAAAGAAUAACACUUUGGACAAAUGGUUGCUGGAUUCGACGGAAGGACCGCAUCGCAUGAGAAAAAAGACCAUGAAGAAUGACCAAUUCUACCUCCAAUAUCCAUAUCGACCAGAACUAGAGCUAGCCGACAAUCGUCAAUUGAAAUACAAAGUGGCUCAGAGUUUCGACAGCAAAUCCUAUUUCACCUACUGCCAGUUACCACCGAGAGUCUUAUGUGAACCGGAUUCAGUAUUAGAAGCCAGCAAGUCGACAGAAAAGGGUGACGUUAAUUCGCCAGUACAAACACCGACUGAACAUCCACCAACAAUAUCGAGAGCACAAAGUGAGCCGGGCGAAGAGAUGGACGAAGAAGAGGACGAAGUGUCGUUGGUGUCUGACAACCAAACACUGAUUCGGAUGCUGGAAGAACACGAGAAAAUUUCGCAUAUGUUCCGAUGUGCCCGUAUUCAAGGUCUGGACACCACCGAAGGUCUUCUACUCUUCGGUAAAGAGUAUUGCUAUGUGGUCGAUGGGUUUACUUUGGUGAAAAAUCGAGAAAUUCGUGAUAUCGAUUCGCUACCACCCGGAACGUAUGAUCCGAUUGUGCCGAAUCCGGGAACCAGUCCACGACGUUCCAUUACAAUGCGUCAGUGUUCGAAAUUUUCGUACGAGGACAUACGCGAAGUGUGCAAACGGCGAUAUUUGCUGCAACCGAUUGCGUUGGAAGUUUUUUCAGGCGAUGGACGUAACUAUCUGUUGAGUUUUCCGCGAAAAGUGCGCAACAAGGUGUAUCAACGCUUCAUGGCCACGGCUACUAUGAUUGCCGACAGUGCUCAGCAAAGUGUGGCUGGUCAAAAACGGGGUGCAAGUGUUGAACAAACAUCUGGCAUAUUUAGCAGCUUGAUCGGAGAAACAUCCGUCACGCAACGUUGGGUCCGCGGAGAAAUAUCCAAUUUUCAGUAUCUGAUGCACUUGAAUACGUUAGCAGGACGAUCGUACAAUGAUCUGAUGCAGUAUCCAGUGUUUCCGUGGAUAUUGGCCGACUACGAAUCCGAGGAACUCGAUCUCACCAAUCCAAAGACAUUCCGCGAUUUUGCUAAACCGAUGGGAGCACAGAGCGCAGAUCGAUUGGAACAAUUUCAGAAACGAUACAAGGAAUGGGAUGAUCCGCAUGGUGAAACACCACCGUAUCACUACGGAACGCAUUACAGUUCAGCGAUGAUCGUUUGCUCGUAUCUGGUGCGUUUGGAACCGUUCACUCAACACUUUCUUCGGCUUCAAGGCGGUCAUUUCGAUUUGGCUGACCGCAUGUUCCAUAGCAUUAAAGAGGCUUGGAUGUCCGCGUCGAAAUUUAAUAUGGCCGACGUCAAGGAACUGAUUCCGGAAUUCUUUUACCUGCCGGAAUUUUUGAAUAAUUCAAACAAUUUUGAUUUGGGCUCCAAACAGAAUGGUGAAUGUCUCGGUGAUUGCAUUCUACCGCCGUGGUCGAAACAAGAUGCUAGAGAAUUUAUUCGGGUGCAUCGGCAAGCGCUGGAAUGCGAUUAUGUCAGUCAACAUUUGCACCAGUGGAUAGAUUUGAUAUUCGGGUUCAAACAAUUGGGAUCGGCUGCCGUCGAUGCUGUUAAUGUUUUUCAUCACUUAUUUUACGAGGGAAAUGUCGACAUCUACAACAUUGACGAUCCGCUGAAGAAGAACGCGACCAUCGGCUUCAUCAAUAACUUCGGUCAAAUUCCCAAACAAUUGUUCAAGAAACCGCAUCCGUGCAAGAAAAUGCAAUCGAAUCGUCAUACGAUCACCGACUCUGGGCCACUCAUUGCGACCGGGAAUGUGACACAAGUGGAUAAGCUGUUCUUCCACAAUUUGGACAAUUUGAAACCGAGUCAGCAGCCGAUCAAAGAGUUGAAAGGACCCGUAGGACAGAUUAUCCAUCCGGACAAGACUGUCCUGGCGGUGGAACAGAAUAAGGUUAUGAUGGCACCAUCGUUUACUCGUUACAUUGCUUGGGGCUUCGCCGAUCAUUCGCUCCGAAUCGGCAUGUACGACUCAGAUCGUGCACUGUUCGUAUGCGAAGCCGCCGCUCAGAAUUCGGGAGAGAUUUUAGCUUGUGCUUGUCCGAAUGCUCGAACAAUCGUGACGUCUGGUACCAGUUCGGUUGUAACCAUUUGGGAAUUUGAUUCGCGCAGAAAAGCUCUGUACGUGAAGCAUUCACUUCAUGGCCAUACCGAUGCUGUUACAUGUCUAGCGGCUAGUCCAGCGUACAAUAUUAUUGUGUCUGGUUCUCGAGAUGGUACCGCUAUCGUUUGGGAUAUGUCCCGAUUCAUUUUCGUUCGACAGCUACGAGAUCAUGUCGGUGUGGUGGCAGCUGUUAGUAUCAAUGAUCUGACUGGCGAUAUAGCUACGUCAAGCUCCACAUGGCUCCAUGUGUGGUCACCGAAUGGGGAUCCAUUGGCCAUAGUUAAUACGAGUGUUGGCAGCGCUGAUCGAAUGCAGCAAAUUUUGUGUGUGGCAUUUUCAUCGACACGAGAGUGGGAUCAGCAAAAUGUAAUAAUCACCGGCUCAACCGACGGCGUCGUCCGAAUGUGGUCGAUGGAAUACGUUCAAGUGCCCAUUGCGGAUGAGGCCGUAGAGGAGCAGACGACCAGCGACGAGAAAAAAUCAACGAAAAAAGUCGAUUUGAUCAAACAGAUGAGUAUAUCGACGAGUGAUGGCAAUGAAUUACAAAAAUCCGGUUCGGAGAGCAGUAUAUCGGAAGCUUGCGAUAGUGUUAAGGAAUCGACUAAGCGAUUCGAAAGUGAACGCGAUGAUUGCAGUGAUAAAGAGGAAUCAGUCGAACCGAAAUCGUCAGCGGUCAAUGAACUGGAAGUACCAAAAUGUGCAAUGAGUAAACGGGGCAGUUUGACGAGCGCAAAAUCGUUACACGAAUUGAAGCAUGAGCCGUCUGUCGAUAAGGAAAAGAAAGGUCGAUGCUCAGCUCACAAUGAAAUGAAUGAAGAUUGUGCAAAGUGUAAAAGUGAAUCAGUUUCACGAGCCACUGGUGCCGAUGACGACGAAGCGGUAAAGGGGCGUGGUAUUCGUCCGAGCAAAUCAGACACAAGUUUAACCGACUCGUUCGUUGUUAUCGACAACGAAUACAAUAAGAAAAAGAAUCAGAACCUGUUACGGGACGGUUUCAAAUGGCAACGACAACUGGUUUUUCGCUCAAAACUAACCAUGCACACCGCCUACGAUCGCAAGGAUAACACCGAACCAGCGUCGAUAACCGCAUUGGCCGUUUCGAAAGAUCAUAAGACCCUGUAUGUGGGCGAUGCCAGAGGCAGAGUAUUCUCGUGGAGCGUUACGGAACAACCUGGUCGGGGAAUGGCCGAUCAUUGGCUGAAAGAUGAAGGUGCCGACCAGUGCGUUGGAUGCCAUGUAAAAUUCACACUGUACGAACGCAAGCACCAUUGCAGGAACUGUGGCCAAGUCUUUUGCAAUAAGUGCAGCCGAUUUGAAUCGGAAAUUUCGCGACUGAGAAUUUUGAAACCGGUUCGUGUGUGCCAGUCGUGCUAUGCGUCAUUGCGUCAUCAUUCAACGGGAGACUAGUAAGUUGACUUAUGUUUGGGGACUUAUGUAAAUCGUACGAGCAUGGAUAGUCAUUGCAUUUUGUUAAAAUCGCUGAUCACUGAUUCUAUUGGAUUAGGUUUUGUGUGUUCGGUGUUCGUAUCUGCAAAGUUAACUAGUCGCCACCAUUUCUUACUCGAGUAACAGCAACGUCUUCUAAAAAUUUCUUUGCCUCCAACGAUGAGUUUUCGCAUUACGCUUUGUUGUUCUUCCUUGUCAGUUGAGGGAGAAGACUAUUUUUUCGCACAAAUUUUAACAAAAUGCAAUGUUUUCUGUGUGAGGUCAUACACAAUAAUUCGGGGACAGUGCACGAUCGAUUUUCUUGAGUACGUUGACUCGCCCAGUGCUCUGUAAUAGUGUUUCAAGGGUAAAGUUUUUUCAAUUUGUAAUUUAGUUUUUGUAAGACAAAGUUUGAAAUUCAAUUGACCAAAGUUUUCCGAGCCUCGUAACAAGUAGAAAAUGAUCAAAAUUUCGAUUUUUAUUUUUAAAUUUUUUAUUUAUUUAAAUUAUUGCUUUUUUAAACAAGAGAAAAAUUGAUAUUAUUUUAUUGUUGUUGUUAUAAUUCAUUCAGUGCCGCUUUUCUACCGUUUGUCUAUACAACCUCUGGGAUCUUGAACAUUUCAAAUGUUCGAUAAGUCGAAUGAAAGACAUUCAGUCGCUGUUCAUGAUAGCGAAAAAUGAUUUUAUGAGUAACGUCACCAAAGCAGUGCGUAAAUGGAUUAUCAAUUACAUGUUUACGCCCUAGUGCGUUAAAGUGACGUUUGUAAAAAUUUUGUUCCUGACUUGUGCCCAAACUGGAACUUUACAUAUACGAUAGGUUGUCACUCUCGGCUUUGUCUCGGAUUGACAAUUUUCACAUCUACUGUGUAAAAUUUCCAUUUAGGCACAUGUCAUGGAACGGCUCGAGCUGCAAACGCCACAAAAUAAAAAUUUCGAAACAACAACUUUAUCUACGAUUUGGCGAUUGAUAUCUAUAAUUUAUGACAGAUUGUGGUGUUGGUGGCACACGGUGCGCCUUAACCAACUUUAAAUAGAAGUGUCGGAUAACAAAAAAAAAUUUCUUUUGUAAUAUUGACGAGGGGUGAGUAAGUAAUUCAUUUAUUUAUAAAUUAGCUCGAACCGCUGGGAGAUUUUUGAGGUCGGGAUGCAGUGACUCCUCAUGACGUGCUCAAGUCUAAGCUUUGCAAUGAUACCAUGUCAUGCACGAGUGGCAGGAGGUGUCUGUUUUAAGGCAUUUUGAAUCGAGGUCACUCUUCACUUCAAGCUAAGCGACAGAUAUAAUUUUGUUGCUCAAAAAGUCUACCGCUAUGGAACAAAGGUGCCCAAAGUUGACCGAAGUUGACUAAAAUUAUCCAAAAUUAACUUUUGUUUAAAUUUGGUCGGACUACUUUCGGAAAAAGUUUUAUAUGCGUUCGAAAGGGCUCAUAGAACCUUGCCACAACAGCUUCUUACUCACUUCCCAGAUCGCAUCGUCUUGCUGUUAUCAUCUUUUGAAAAUUGUGAUGUUUUGACUUUUCAAGGCCCCUGCUCUGCAACCAGGUGGACUAGAGUAACUAUUUUCAUACGAACGAUCUUGCAAUUAGUCCCCCUACUAAUCACAAUAUAAAUUGGGACGCUAGGCGACUCGACGGACCAUGGGUGGUCAUUGCAUCUCGACCUCAAAAAUCUCCCAGCAGUUGGAGCUAAUUUAUAAAUAAAUGAUUUACUUACUCACCCCUCGUCAAUAUUACAAAAGAAAAUUAUUUGUUAUCCGACACUUCUAUUUAAAGUUGGUUAAGGCGCACCGUGGGCAAUUAACUGAGAUUUUUAUGAACAUUUUCACCAACUGACAGAACUUUUGGCAACACCAAUAAUUUGACAUACUUUUCCGCACUUGUAUCGGAAUCAACAACAUUUGGGUUGAUUGCGUCUCUCCUUUUUUUUUAAAUUGAUUUAGUGUUUGUCCCUUGUUGCACAAGUUGAUUUUCGUUGCACACAUUCUAAAUUUCAUGGACUAGUUUUAGGCCGACUAAGAUUGACUUUGUGCAACACGGAUAUUGCUUUGAUAUCGAAAUGAACAUCGUUUUAGCACUAAGUGCGGUCUGGAAAUUAUAUGUUUUACGGACGCGUGUUCUCCGGUGCCAUAAAACAACAUUUGUACCAAAAAUAGCUAUUCAAUUCGAUCCAUCAAGCGUGAUAUUGAUUCCUACUGAUUGAUUGAUGAUCAGAUAAAGCGGCACUGUUGUUAUUACUGUAAAGGUAUUAUAUUUGCUUGUUAGUUGAUUUCUAAUUUUAUUUUUUAUAAAGUGCGAACGAAACAAAAAUUAUUCACAAACAAAGGGAGAGAUUAAAAUUAUUGUGAAGAAGGAAAAAACAAAACAAAAAACCGAAUCUGUGCCGAUAAACUCUGGUGGGAAUCCAGCUUAAUCGAAUUCGCAAAUUAUUUUGCUUUCUUUUGACAUGAUUUUCAUUGAGAAAGGCACAAAAUUCAAGAGUAAUGGAGGAAAUAAUAGUGUUUUCCUUGCUGGCAAAAAGUUUGAAUUCAAUAAAUAGAUUGUAACCGGAACUAUAGACUCCCUUUAUGCCCUAAUAUGUAAGAUAUAAUUCAUUCAUUCAUCCAGUUGAUAGAAAUAUUUGUUGCGAACAUACUACAAAAACCAAGAAAAAUGCGACGUUGACGUAAUUUGAUCUCGUACUCGUAGAAAUAUUUCGCAACAAUUGCGUUUAUUAACGGAACAAUUACCGUGAUUUCAUUACUCAUUCCGGAUUGAAAGCAAAAAUGUGUUUUGCUGUGAAUUUUGGGGAGAUUUUUCGCGAUCAGAAAAAAAUAUUUCCACGCGAAGAACAGGUGGAACGGAAACUUAUUGAAGCUACUUUCAGAACACAUGCCAUGUAAACUAACGAUUUCAAUUCAUUUUAUUAAAGAGGAAAUCAAGUAUGGUCUCUGCUAUAGAUAAAUAAAAAGAAAUGUUUGUGUAGUCGCUUGAUGAACUUACACCAUUUUGCCCCGUUUCAAAAAGACUCUGCGGAAAGAAUAAAAAAAUCUAAAUAUUUUCGGAACAAAAAGAUCUUAAAGAAGGACGUACGUAAAGUGCAUGUCAUGACAUAUUAUAUAACGACCAGGACAUGUUAAAAUUACAUCAAACUUAAUUAUCCAAACCAAAUAUUGAAUUGAAUAUCAUAAAUUGUAUUUUAGAUGCCCUCUGGUAAAUAGAAAAAAAUGAAAAAAAAAUGAAAUAACUAAAUUAUACACAAAAGCAAAAAAGAAAUAAAAUUUAAAAAAAAUGAAGAACACGUGACUUAGAUAAUCCCAAUUAGAGUGUAAAAUUAUUAAACAAAAUAUUUAUUAAAAUAUAACAAAAUGUAGCAAAAGGAAUAGAAAACAAAAAAAAAAGUAAAUUGAACAGAGGAUAAAUGUAUAAUUUGAAUUGUGAUAAAUUUAAUGAAUUACGAUACUGUAAUCGGGAUAAUAUAUCUUUCACCACUCACAAUCCUUACAUUAUUCAAACACAUUUUUGAAUUAUGUUGUACAAUCGCAUAAAUACCAACACAACACCCAUUUAUAGAUACAGUAUACACAUGCACACAUCCAUACACACAAACGAUUUAUCGUUUAAAAUGCUAAUUAUCGUCGACAUAACACAAUAGUUAUUUGUUGAUCGUGGUGAGAAAAUAAGAGAAUUCCAACAAGAGCGAAGCAAGAGCUCAAAUCACUUGAAUUGGAAUUUUCUAUUUUUCCCCGAGUUGAACGAAACGCUUUUCAUGUGUGCGUUCAGCAAAAAUUGGUUUUUGUCCACUAAAAAAACAUGAAAAAGAAGUGUAAACCAGCAGCUACUAAAAGGCGCUAAAAAUAAAAUUAAAAUAAAAGGCGCCAAUAAAUGGCCAAUCCACGAGACAGUCAACAAAAAAGUGAUUAUUUUAGUCAUUUGAGAGAAUUUGAUGGAUAGACAAUAGUGCAAUGCAGUUUCAUAAUUCCUCAAAAGUUAGUCAUACCCUGUUGCAUGUACAAGUCUAGCGAAUCAUAAGCAAAAUGAAAGUAAACUUUCAUUCUGUUUCAUCAAUAGCCAUGCUAGUAAAAGAUAAAAUUCUCACAAAUCUUCUCACUGCACUUGAGUGGACAAAAUAAGAAUUUUUCGGCCACACCCACAUGAAAAGGUUUUAUGAUUUGUAGGCCUAAAAAUACAUAAAAUGCACACAGACUCUCACAAUUGAACACAAACACACAGAAAUCCAUCAAUAACAUGAACACACUGAUUACUUAAACGUUAAUUAAAUUUACAAGGAUUUUUUGCCUUUUUGUAAAAACAAUGUAAAACUGAUACUCCCAGGAAUCUUCAAACAUGACUUGAAAAAUCAACAAUUAAUUUCUAUACAAAAACAAAACGUUUAAGAAAACCCAAGAAAAACAAAACAGAAUGAGAAAUAAUAAUAAAAAAGUAAAUUAAUGAAAAGUAUAGUAGAAUAGUUGAAGAUAAUAAAUAAUAAAAAAAAAUGUAAAAUCAGUAUUUAUAUAAAAUAAAAUGAAAAAUAAUAAAAAAAAUCCUAAACUAAGGCAAUGACAACAAAAAAAAAAUAAAAGUAGACAAAUAAUUGAAUGGGAAAAUGUGCUAAUAAGUAAGAUUUCAAUAAAAAUAUAUACA